AUGGCUCCACCCCCAAAGCGUAGAAAGAGGAACGUCCUUCCUUCAUCAUCGGAAGAGGACGACGACGAUGAGCCCGUCACGAAAGCUAAAGCUCCAUUGAGCAACCUUAUCUCUUCCUCUCCACCUUCAUCGAUUGAAACGAAACCCUCGAAGUCAGGCAAAGCUUCUGGGAAAUCUGCGACUGUUUCAAAGAAGAUGCAACCUCGAGCGAAGACCGCGAACCACCCUCCGAACGCCGCGCCGAUACACCUCCCAACUCAGGUCCGCGGAGCCAAAGCGAGCUCGAAAAGUGCGAGCAGUAGUCCAGAGAAGCCGAGGCGCAAAGGGAAGAUAGAAGACAAGAUCAAGAGCGGGAACAUAUACACGUUCUUCAACAAGCAAGCACAACGGCAGCAGGCAGAGAAUGGCACUGGAUUCACGACCAAGUCAAAGCUGUCGGUAAGCUCCAAAACUUCCAAGGCCACAGAGGAUGACGAUGUGAUAUCCGACGAUGAUAUAUUUGAAUCUAGGGCUCCAACUUCGAGUAUGGUUGGAGAGAUAGCUCGGAAACGGGCUAGAGCCAUGGGCACUCCAAAUGGGGAUGGAGACGUACCAAGUGCAAGCCAGAAGUUCAUUGUGCCGAAGCCAUCUGCCGUGAUAAAGCAGGAAAAUGAAAUGAGGCCAUGGGCAGAGAGAUUUGCUCCUUUGAAUCUAGAUGAGCUGGCAGUUCACAAGAAGAAGGUUUCAGACGUCCGAGAAUGGCUCGAGAACGUUAUGGGAGGUCGAAUGAGGCAGAGACUGCUCAUACUGAAAGGAGCAGCCGGAACUGCAAAGACCACAACCAUCCAGCUCUUGGCGAAAGCCAUGGACUGUGAUGUGUUGGAAUGGCGCAAUCCUGUUGGAUCGGUGGCAUCCUCAGAUGGAUCUCUUUCCAUGUCUGCACAAUUUGAAGAGUUCAUGGGACGAGGUGGAAAGUUUGGACAACUGGAUAUAUUUUCUACCGAUGGACAAGUACUUCCAAAACCGGAAGUCAAGAAGCUCGAUCGCAGGAAAAAUCUAAUUCUCAUCGAGGAGUUUCCCAACACGUUUACUCGAUCAUCUUCUGCUCUACAAUCGUUCAGAUCCACAAUCAUUUCAUAUCUUGCCUCAAAUACGCCCCCACUCUCCAUGAUGAGCGGAAACACUUCCAAGGAGUCCAUAACACCAGUGGUUAUGAUCAUAUCCGAGACACUACUUACAACAACUUCUGCGUCUGCAGACAGUUUCACAGCUCACAGAUUGCUAGGGCCUGAAAUCCUCCAGCACCCAGGUGUUGCAGUAAUUGAGUUCAAUACCAUUGCGCCCACAAUUCUAGCCAAGGCUCUUGAACUUGUUGUUCAAAAGGAAUCACGCAAAUCAGGUCGAAGGAAGACGCCGGGCCCACUGGUCCUUAAAAAGAUUGGGGAGAUCGGAGAUAUUAGGAGUGCCAUCGGGUCACUAGAGUUUCUUUGUCUUCGGGGUGACGUAGACGGAGACUGGGGUGCCAAGGUAGCUUUUGGAAAGAUCAAGAAAUCUAGCAAAGAUACCGCUUUGACGACUAUGGAAAGAGAGAGUCUUGAGCUGGUGACAAGGCGAGAGGCCAGCUUAGGGAUAUUUCACGCAGUCGGAAAAGUGGUCUACAAUAAGCGAGAUGAAACCGUACAGAAUAAAUACUUUGACAAGGACGGUAAAGAGCUACCGGACGUUGAGAAGCUACCAGACUUUAUGUCAACCCUCUCUCGGCCACAUAGAUCUCAAAUCUUGGUCGAUGAGCUCAUCGACGAAACAGGUACUGACACUCAGACGUUUGUUGCAGCACUGCACGAGAAUUACAUCUUGUCUUGCGAUGCUCCACCUACAUCCUUUGAAUAUACAUCCCUGGAUCAUGUUAGUGGCUGUAUCGAUGCCUUGUCAGAUAGCGAUCUUCUCUGUCCCUCCUGGGACGGAUCUUUCAACUCCUCAGGCUUUGGAGGUGGUUUUGGCGGCAAAGGAACUGGCGGCGAUAUCAUGCGUCAAGACGAAAUCAGCUUCCAGAUUGCUGUCCGGGGCCUUCUCUUCUCCCUCCCUUUUCCUGUGAAGAGAAAGGCUCCAGCGGCUGCCGGACUACGUACCGGGAAAGGCGGUGAUGCAUUCAAGAUGUUCUACCCUACCAGUCUCAAAUUGUGGAGAAUGAAAGAGGAAAUCGAGAGUAAUAUCGACUUGUGGGUCUCAAAUUUGAUGAAGGGCGAAGAAUAUCAUCUGAGCGCAGUGACAGCUGGAGCUGCUGCAUUUGCAAGGCCGAAGGCCGGUACUGUCGAGAGCUGGAAGAGCACACGAGCUCCUCCUUCGUCUAGCACAAACAAAACACCCAGAAAAGAAGUGGAUGUUGCCCCAUUGAUGUCCAUAGGCACAUCGGCCAGAAAAGAGAUGCUGCUAGAACGACUGCCUUACAUGUUGAGCAUUGCACGAGCUAGAAGAUUUACAUCAUCUACCUUCACAAUACAUGACAUGGAGAAGGUGGUGACGUUCCGUGGAAUCGGUGGCCCGCCUGGCGACGAUCCAGAUGAAGCAGAAGAGGCAACUCCUGCUGACGCGGAAUGGGCAACGGAUAAACCUGGAGAGAGUAAAUCUCCGAAAAAGAAAGGAUUGGUGAUGAGAGGCAAGGGUUCUGCAAAUGGGCUUCCUUUGCAGCAGGAACAGAAGCUUGUAUUGAGCGAUGAUGAUAUUGAAGAUGACUGA